AUGCGGGAAGCCAACAUAGCACCUGUCCUGUUUGUCCGGGGGGUGCGUGAUGGUGGAUCGCUUAUGAUAAGUCGCGUAUCGGGUGUUCUGGUCCAUAUGACUUCUCUUCCAUAUAUAUCUAGAGACCUUGUCACCGCUCUUGCGACCAUAAGGCACCCCAGCUUAGCUCCUAUAUACACUAUCCAGCUAGAGAACAAGGGACCAUCACGAGUUUUUUCUGGAUAUACUCUGCAGCCGUCUUUGAAACGACGACUUGACCUAGCUCUAGAUAAGACCGUGGCCACGAAGUAUGCCAUUCCUGCUAAGGAUCCGUUCUCGAGUGCUGUCCUGUCCUUUUUAUACACGGAUCUAGUGGAGCUGCUUAGUUAUGUAUUGUCUGAGUACACUGACAAAAGAAUCUUUCUUUCUCACGAUGCCAUCAAGACUCUUCUUGAUAACAUCAUUGAUAUAGCAUGCCUAAGAUUGGAUAACUAUGGCAUUCUGCGUGUUCAGCUUGAUCUAAAAAGGUAUGUAGACUAUGAUACACUCUCUAGCAUCUCUGAGCACCCUCUUGGCUUUACUCAUAACCUGAGUGCCCUAGAGGACUAUGUGUUCUACCAGCUAGGAAAGCUAUUACUCUCAUUAACUUUCUUUAAUCGAGAAGCUAGCUAUAAGCACGAGAAGCGCCUCAGCUUAAAGGAGGAACUGUCCAAUUUAAAGCUCUGUACAAUCUACUCUAAUGCUCUCUAUCAUUUGGUAACAUGCAAAGAUGCAGACAGAAGACUUAGCUCUCUGAAAGCUAACGAAUACUAUCGCAGUAUGAUGGCAACGUCCUACAUCAGGCGAGGGAUGCACAUUGUGUCACAGAAUGGAUACAGCAUCUAUCCUCUUCAUAGGGCAGUCGCUGCAGGGGAUGUUGCGCAUGUGAGACUUCUGUCCCGGGUCUGUGCUGGGCACCAUCAUCAAGACGCAAAGUCGUGCUUCCUGCUGUCCCUUGAAACACUGGUUGAGCAUGCAGCAGACCUUUCUUUCCUUCACAACCUCGCUGUGUUUGUGCCCAAGCUAUAUUCCUUAGCUAUUCAGUCUUUCCACUUGUAUCAUCUUCAGCAUUCGGUAGAGUACAUAUCAACAGCGAGGCUUCAAGUUAACAUGACAGGUAACAAUCUGUCUUGCUUGAUAGGCUCGUGCUCAAUCUGUUGGCUAUUAUACUCAGCGACUCAGGCCAUGCCCUGGCAGCCUCUACUACCCCACGAGGACCACGUGAAGCAUUCUAUGACAGCGACAGCAGAUGCUUUAUCGAAGAGCAUGGACUAUGCGUCUCUUCAGAUGAAAUUCCCAAGCUUCAUGGCCAUAUCCAAUGCGAUGGAGGUCGCGCUGCUGCUUGCUCCAUCUGAGUGCUGCAUUAACUGUGCACGCGUAAGCAAGGGACCAGACACGAAUGGGGGGACACCGGGCUUUUUGUAUGCAUAUCAAGCCGCUCUUGAGUGCGGUAUUGUCCAACUCAAUUCUGCAGUUGCCUUCUAUGAAGCUAUGAUUAUGUUAGACAUAUUUGAGGCAAAGCACCUGGAAUACUUGACUGGUCGCCACUUCUAUGCAUCUGGCCGGCUACCUGCUUCCUUCAAAAGCCGUGCUGCAUCUCACAGGCCGAUGUCACGACCUUUGCUUCGGCCUCUGUCUAAACACAGAGGAAUUGCGCAACAGUCCGCGGAUGAUAGAGGCAAUGAAAGCAGCACGCGCAAGCAGAAGGGAACGCCCUCGGAGCUAGCAUUUGCCAUGAUCCAUCAAGUGCCUUUUUAUCCUGUUUGCGUAGCAGAGUGCAACGGCGCCCUAGAUGAUAAGGGGCAGACUGCCCUCAUGCGAGCAGCAAUCCUCGACGAUCUAUAUGCUCUUCACCUACUUGUUCAUAUAGAGGGGCAAGUGCGUUGUCAAAAUUUAUGUGGGCUUACUGCAAGCAUGUUUAGUGCCAUUUAUGAUCAUUCUAGGGCCCUGAACAUAACUAUUCCCUUUGAGUGUAACAUGACUGACGCAGAUGGCUGGGCUGCGUUGACCCACGCAGCUAGAUGGGUGAGCUAUGAUUCUGUUCUGGUAGUUAGCCCACACGAGGCCCUGAAGUUUGGAAACCAAGCACUGAAUAUACUAGCUUUGGAAGAAGCAGCAGACCUCGAGAACAUUGAUGAGCUGGGAGAGCCCCACGUGGAGCGGCCUCAGACUCGAUCUGGAACUGGUGGAGGUGCCAGAAGCGGCACAUCCUAUCAAUCUCUGCGGGGAUUGAUCAAGUUUGAAAUACAGAAAUACAUGGUUGUUAUGAGCGAUGAUCAGAUGCAACUAUCUGACUCCUAUGGACCUUCUGAUGACAGUGCAGGCGACCUGGGAAUAGAAAUAAAAGAAUAA